AUGGUGAAGAACAAAGUGGAUCCGGCUGUUUCAGCACCUAACCGUAAUGUAACAUGGUGUUUCAAGCCCAUCUUUUUCUGGAUGCGCAUUUUUGGAAUCGAGCUCUACGACAAAUGUUUUAGAUUUCGAAAAACAAUCAACCUUUAUGGUCUGCUUAUUUUACUUACUUUUCAAUGGGCGAGCGUUGAUUUUAUCGUAAUCAAAUUCUGGAAAAUUUCGUUUCCAUUUACCGACACGAACAAGGCGUUGAAUAUCUCUACGUCCACAACGUUAAGCUGGAAUGCCAGAAUAGAUGCUGCUAAUAAUUUUUGUUUUAUAGCCAUUGUUUAUCCAGCUUUUUUCUACGUUGCUCAGAACCGAUGGCUACGUUUAUGGAAUGUUGUGGAAACAUUUGAUUUUGCUUACUGUAAAAUCGAUUACACAAAAUUACGCAGGGCGUUACUUAUCGGAUUCUUUCCCAUCCUAACGGAAAUCUGCAUAAGUAUCUACAAUUUGCUAGUUCUAGUACCAAACAUCUCAAAUGAAUCCAAGUACAGGAAGUUCGUCACAGUUACUGCAUUUUUCUCCAAGAUUGUACCAAUCAGUGUACUGGUUCUGUAUUGCUCCGUUGUCUGGCUGACUUCUUUAUUUUAUGAAGGGAUUCGAGAAGAUGUGGACAAUACCUGUAAAGUGAAUCAAGAAAACAUCCGUAAAUGGAAGGGCAGUCUGGUUUUAGCCAGUGAGGUGGUUGAGCGAAUCAACGAAACUUACGGACUCAUCUUAUUAAUAUCGAUAGCUCACUUUUUUGUGGAAUUUAUUGCCCGUUCUUUUUACAUCGCCAAUAGUAUUUCAAUGACCAACCAACCCGACGUUAUCACGGUCGUGAAUGUGUCCUCAGAAGUCAUUUUCCUCUGGUUCAUGUUCUACAGCCCAUCCAAAAUUCAGUAUCAUGCGAGUAAAGUGGCAAGUUCACUGCGAAAAAUCGAUACUACUGACCAUCAGCUACAAAACCAGGUUUCUUUACUAGAAUUGAGUAUUGUCCAAAAUUUGCCAAAACUAUCAGCCCUGGGUUACUUUGAUGUCAAUCUUCAUUUAAUACCACAGUUGAUUGGGACUACUUUGACGUACCUUUUCAUCCUCUAUCAGUUCCAUUCGUCGGAGAAAAGUGAAUAGAGAAAAAAAAAAGGAAUGUGUUUCGAAAUGUCAAAUUUAUUAGGAUCCAUUAUUUUUACUCUCUUGUGCCUGUAACAAGAGCAAUAUGCAAAAACGGAGUAAAAUUACAAAACAAAAUUUGUGUUUUCCGGCCCGCAUUGUUUUGUGUAUAGUCACGGGGAUCGAGUUUAAUACGAUAAACAUUGUGACAGUUUAAUCAA